AUGGACGGACAGCCAGAUCCAGUCGCCAAUGCGUUCGCGAGACACCUCAUCUACGAUGAGAUAUUCUCCUCCUUGUCCGCAGCCUCCCUCAUGCGCAUGCGGCGCGUCAGUCGAUCAACUUACGGCGCGGUGCAAGACUUCACCUACCGCGCGUUCGACGUGAAUCGCCUGUUAUCGCGCUUCAUUUCCGACCCCCACAGCUUCCGAUCCCUUCAGGCGCGAACAGCGACGCUCAUCUCAGGUUCUCUUGCGAUACAGUUCUUCGACCGGACGUUCUACCCUGAGUCCGACUUGGACCUCUACGUGUACAAGGAACAUGUGAUCGAGGUGGGCAUAUUCCUGCUCAACGACGGAUACCAGUUCGCCCCCUAUUUGGGCCAGGCAAACGACUUCUACGAUGCAUUAAACGGCCUCAACAGAGCCUGGAUCGACGAUCUCCUUGCCGAGACUGUCGCUUUGAUCGAUAUGCCAUACAGAUAUACAUGCGUGGGGGAGGUCUUUACGUUCAAGAGACGCUCUCAUGACACGGAGGACUCGAACGCUUUCACGAAGGUACAGAUCAUCGUGCCAAGAGAGAGCUCACUGCAACUCGUGCUCGGGUCCCACUCCAUUUCACUCUAUCCUGUUGCCACCUUCGAGCGUCGCGAGUCACUUGUCAUCGAGCCAAGGUCGAUCCCGGCUUUCGAUAAGUAUAUCUCGCGGGGGUGGAGGCUGGUCUACAGCCCCUUGCCGGUCUCGGUCCCCUUACACGAAGGCGGCGCGGGAGAGAGCGACCCAUUCUUGUUUAACAAAAGCCGAUGGGUCACUGGCAGGAACAGCUGGGUCAUGCAUCUCGACACGGAGGGCGUGCAGAGCGCUGGGCCGCUUUCUGCGUCGUCGACGGCGCUGACAUGGGAUCCAGUCGUUGAGUGCAGCUGGGCGCUUCAUCGGCUAGAACGCGCGCUGCAAUACUCCGCUACAGAUACAUAG